AUGGCGCCCGCACCAAUCCGACGUAAGCUCGUCAUCGUGGGCGACGGCGCCUGCGGCAAGACCAGUCUCCUCUGCGUCUUUGCCAUUGGCGAGUUCCCUCAGGAAUACGAACCAACCAUCUUUGAAAACUAUGUCGCAGAAAUCAGGCUCGACGGCAAGCCCGUACAGCUCGCGCUCUGGGACACGGCCGGCCAGGAAGAGUACGAGCGCCUGCGACCGCUCUCCUACUCGCAGGCCCACGUCAUCCUGAUUGCCUUUUCCAUCGACACGCCAGACUCGCUCGAAAACGUCACCGUAAAGUGGAUGGAAGAGGUGCGGCAAAUAUGCGGGCCCUCGGUGCCGGUCCUGCUCGUCGGCUGCAAGCGCGACCUGCGCGAGGACGCCGUCGCCAAGGGCAAAGCCGUGGCGGGCCAGUUUGUGGAAAAGGCGCAGGGCAAGGACGUGGCGGCCCAGAUUGGCGCGCGGUCAUACCACGAGUGCUCGGCGCUCAAAAACGAGGGCGUCGACAACGUCUUCGAGGCCGCCACCCGCGCCGCCAUGCUCGUCCGCGCCGCCGGCGCCGGAGGCGGCGCCGCCAACGGCAAGCUCAAGGAAAAGGGCGGCAGCCGCGAGAACGACGCGGGCGGAUGCAAGUGCGUCGUCCUCUGA